UUUUGUUUCUUAUAAAAUAACAAAUUUUUGCUAGGGUAAAUCUUUACAUAAAAAUUGCGCGUCAAUUUCGACUUGUUGUUAAGAGUAUACUUAUAAAAUCAGAGUUGAUAAAACCGCGCCGCAAUCUUAUCUGCUUCGCGCCACAAUAUGGCUACACGUCACAUCACGUCCUUCUUUCGCGAUGACGUGCAUGUCUUGCCCGUGUGCAUGCUCACGCUCACGCUCGCCCACGCGCACUCUUACGAUUUAUUUUCGCUUAGCGGAUUCUCGUGGCGAUCAUACUUUGCCGCAAUCUCGGCAAAGAGUCACGAUCGAGCGCGCAAAAUGACGGCUGUCGAUUCCGAAGAAACUAUAGAUCAAUAGUUUUCGUGGAUUUUUGAUAAAAUUUGCGAAUUUAUACGUGUAUAUUGUAUAUUGGAAGUGUUAAAAAAAGGAAUCUUAGUUACAAUUAAAUAUGGCAUUCCGACAAUAUGAUCUUCCGUGACGUGUUGAAUGAGUUUGUGUUUUAAGUGAUGAAUCCGCGAUCGUGAAAUACACACAAGAUCGGAUUGAUAAAAUGCUUAUUCAGCAUAUAAAAAAGUCAAUUAUCAAUUAUCUCUUAUCAAUUGGCGUCCUAAAAAUGGGACAUUGAUUGUAAAUGGAUUAAGAGAAGAUCGAAGAAGAGUGGCCCCCGAGGACAAACCCUCAACUACCAUAGAUCCCACAACUGCACCCUUGAACGAAUUAUUAAUGCAUACGUCGAUGCCGGCAGCCACAGUCGCAGUAAAUUUAUGCGGUGAAGAUUCCGCGGAGGAAACAGGUGAACCCGUCAAUCGGAAGAAACGGGAUAUUUUGAGCACGUUUAAGAGAAGAGCCUGUAGCAGGAUUAGCUUUAAGGGCGAGUCGGGUCCUCUGUUAAGAUAUCGUCAAGCCAGAUUUAGUUCCAGAAGAGUUCGAAAAAGAGUUGUCUUUAAACACGGCGACUGCAAUGUUGUACAGGGAAAUGUCGCCAAACGACGUCGGCGUUAUCUUCAGGAUAUUUUUACAACGCUGGUAGAUGCGCAAUGGCGAUGGACGCUCUUAGUGUUUUCCAUGAACUUCUUGUUAUCCUGGCUGGGAUUUGCCCUCAUAUGGUGGUUAAUCGCGUACAGUCAUGGAGAUCUGGAUUUCAACAAUUAUAAUAAUCACACUUUCAUUCCCUGUGUCGAGGAUAUACGCAGCUUCACCAGUUGUUUCCUCUUCUCUGUCGAGACGCAGCAUACAAUCGGAUACGGGGCGAAGCAUACAACGGACGAGUGCCCCGAAGCAAUUUUUACGUUAUGCAUUCAAUCGAUGACCGGAGUGAUCCUACAGGCGUUUAUGGUCGGGAUCGUGUUCGCCAAAUUAUCGCGUCCUAAAAAGCGCACACAAACGUUGCUCUUCUCGCGCAAUGCUGUCAUCUGUCAACGAGACGGUCAGCCUUGUCUGAUGUUUCGCGUCGGUGAUAUGCGCAAGAGCCACAUUAUCGAGGCUCACGUUCGCGCUCAGAUGAUCAAGAGAAAGAUUACGAAGGAAGGUGAAUUAUUGCCGUUCUUCCAGACGGAGUUGAAGGUGGGGGGCGACGGCGAGGAGGAUAAGAUCUUUUUUAUAUGGCCCACCACGAUUGUUCAUAAGAUCGAUCGACAUUCGCCACUCUAUAGGAUAUCAGCCAGCGACAUGUUGCAAGAGCGAUUCGAGAUCAUCGUGAUGUUGGAAGGAGUGAUUGAAUCUACUGGCAUGACAACGCAAGCGAGAAGCUCGUAUCUGCCAUCGGAGAUUCUGUGGGGUCAUCGAUUCCAAUCCAUCAUUUCCUUUCGCAAAGAAACCGGCGAGUACGAGGUCAAUUACAGUCUUUUUAAUAACACUUAUGAGGUGGAUACUCCACUCUGCUCCGCCGCCGAUCUCGAUCGUAUCCGAGCGAUACAUCGCGAUACAAAAGCUGAACGUCUUAAUUCAAAUGCGUUCCCGGAAUAUCGCGAUACCUCCAGCAGUAGUUCAUUAACUAUGACUUCUGGAUCGAGUUUGGGAUCUUCAACUGGCGGCUUACACAUGCAAGUACCGGCGAUAACACCUGCGAAUCCGAUUCCGGUGCUAAUCACCGCACCAGACGGUUCCUGUAGACGAGAGAGCAUCAACAUGCACUCUGAUAUCCCACAGUCACAUUUUUACGCGCAGAAUGAGAUGAGAAAAGGGCAACACGAUAUCGAGAACUCAAACGAUGAAAAUUACGAUCGCGUUUUACAAAAUAUUAAUGCGUGUUUACGGAAAAGCAAGGAACAAAAUGGGAAAGAAGACAGCACGCAACAAAGUGACUCGAAGACGACAUUAGAUUCGAGAAGAAGUGAAAAAGCAAGUUCCAAAUCAAUCACAGAGGAAGAAGAAAGCGAUCUAAAGAAAUCAUCUUAUAGAAGCAAUCCGGAUAUUAGACAAAGGAAUUUUGCGGACUAUACAGAGGUGCAGUAUCCUAGUACAUUUAGAAGAUCCAGCUUGUGCGAUGAUUAUAAAGUAAAAAAUGUUUCCAAAAAGACAAGUUUCAAUAUCAACAACAAAACGCUCGCGAAACAUACUCAUUCCCAAAACACAAGUCCAACCAAGCAAACGCUUUAUACGUGUGUCAUUAAGGCGUACGUAUUAUCCCCGCCUGCGCGCUGUAAAGAGGUAAACGCCAUGAUGAGAUCUCAUGUGAAUCGAGCGGAUGAACGCGAGCGAAUCUGAAACAGUUGUGAGUGUGACGUGCGUACGUAUACUCGAUGUGAACUGAAAAAGCGCGGAAAAAUCGUCGUUAUUUUAAAAGUAUCGACGAGGAUCUGGAGCCUAAGAAGAUCGAGUGAUGCUGGAUGAUCGAUCUUAUCGAAAUUAUCGCGUUUUAACAAAUAAAAUAAAGCAAAAGUAAAUAAUAUGUAUUAAAAUAAGCAAAAUAAGCAAUCAAUCUAAAUAAAUUCAGAUCAAAGAGAUGACGACCGAGGAGAUCAAAAUGAGGUUUCCUGCGUAAAGAUAGAUUUAAAAAAUCUAGGGAAGGGGAGAAACAGGAACCAAAAAAAAAAAAAAAAAAAAAAAA